GCAUUCUCAGAGCUCUAGUCUUAGUUUUAAUAUUUUCUGUCACUGCCUUCACGCUGCGUGAUGAGCCAACACUCGAAUUCUGUGUCGUUUCCCCCAGAUAUGGUCAUCUCUCCUUUUUCCCUUCUAAUUGCGUUCUUACAACCCCUGGAACACGUUCCAAGGGUGUUGGGUGUGUGAGAGCCGCUACGUCGGACGGCAUAAGUCCUGGGGAAAUUGAUAAUUCAAUCCCUUUCGCGAGAUAAGUCAUUUGCCGUUCUUCUACCGUCUGUUCCACUCUGUUCUAUCAGUUUGGCGGUCCCGACAGCCAGCGACGGUUUAUUAGGACGCCUUAGUGCCGAAUAUUCUUGCUGAUGUAAUUACUCGCCCAGAUUGCCAGCGGCGAGUAAGCUUGCCCACCGCUGCCAUGCUAAGUGCCCCAGAAUUUAGGAAACGACUUUACGGUUGGCUGAGUUAUGCUUUUGCAAGCGAGGUAUUCGUCAUUGUGUCACUGACGCUGUUUUUGCCUAUAUGCUUGGAGCAAUUCGCACGAGAUAACGGAUUUCUACUGCCUGACAGAACCACGCCAUGCUCGACGGUGGCAAAGAACCUGGACACCGAAGAUUCUCCUGCGAGAUGUGUAGUGAAGCUCGGAUUUUUGUGGAUAGAUACUGCUAGCUUCAGUCUAUAUGUAUACUCAAUAUCUGUCGCACUGCAAGCAUUAACCGUGAUUUCCGUGGGAGGCAUCGCUGACAAUUUGGCCCAUCGCAAACGGCUUCUCCUUGCCUUUGCUUUACAAGGAGCUUUCGCCGCGAUUCUCUUUCUGAUAUUAGCAUCUUCUUCGCCAUUGUGGUUCUUCUCCGCGUUGUUGGCGAUAUGCGCGAAUGUAGGGUUCGGUGUCUCCGUUGUCGCCAUGAACGCAUAUUUGCCAUCUCUGGCAAGAGACUCGCCGGAGGUGGCUGAGUUACGAUCUCAACUCGAAGCCAGUCAGGAUCCUGAAGGCUCAGAUGUCGCUGAUACCAGUCACAUCGUAUCCGACGCCCACACAGAGGACGCUGAAGAGCCCCUCAUAUCAAGAACCCGAAUAGAAAGCUCAGAACUACGAACUCGUUACGACAACGAGCUUUCUCGAGCCACGUCUCGUAUCUCAUCAUUGGGCAUAGCCCUUGGGUAUGGUGCUGGCAUAUGCCUAUUGCUAGUUGCCCUAAUACCUGUGACAAAGCUGAAAGGCAGCACCUUCUCUCUCUGUUUAGCGAUCGGCUUGAGUGGAAUAUGGUGGACUGUCUUUUCCAUCCCUGCUGCUGUGUGGCUCCCAGGUUCGACCGCUUUGGCAACCCCAGGAACCCCUGAAAGUGCUGUAUGGGUCGAUAACUUAGAUAUCACCGACGGUAAAUGGAACAUACGUGCCGAGGUCGUCGCCGCUUGGAAACGCUUAGGCGGUAUGCUGCGCUGGCAGGAAAUCAAGAAACUUCGCAACACAUUCAAGUACUUGGCGGCUUGGUUCUUGCUUUCCGAUGGGUUUACGACCAUAACGUCCACUGCGAUUCUUUUUGGAAAAACGUCAUUGAAUAUGCAGCCAUCAGCACUCAUAUUGAUCGGAGUACUGACACCAUGCGCUGGCAUACUUGGAUCUCUGUUGUGGCCUAUGAUCCAGCGCAAGUUUCUGUGGUCAAACCUGAAGAUCCUUGUCAUUCUCGUCAUCUUAUGUUCUGCUAUACCUGCGUACGGAUGCCUUGGAUUCGUCUUUCAAGGAAGGACAAGGUUCGGUGGGCUAACGUCUCAAGGCGAAAUGUUUGGCUUGGCCGUCUACUUUGGUUGCGUAUAUGGCGCUUUUCAAAGUUAUGCACGAGCAUUUUACGCCGAACUACUUCCUCCUGGGGAAGAGGCCCGAUGGUACGGACUUUUCUCCAUCACCGAUAAAUCAAGUUCCUUCGUCGGGCCGCUCUUCGUUGGUGUCAUAGCUGACAUGACGGGUAACAUUCGCUAUGCCUUCUUCUUCCUGGUAUUUAUGAUCUGGGCUGCUGUACCAAUAUUGAUGAGUGUGGAUGUUGAACGCGGACGAAAGGAUGCGAGGGAGUAUCGGUAUUCGUAUAGUUCUAGAGAUGGGCGCAGUUGACUGUUCACACGCUGGCUGCGCGUACUGUACUAAUAAUGAUUUAUACUUUGAACUCCGC